AGGACAGCUGUGGGUGGGUGAGUGAGCAAGCAAGGUUAUGCAGGUCUGGCAAUGGAAGUGACUGUGAUGUGCCUGCUGCUGCUCUCGGCUCUCUGGCUGCCUGGCGCUGACCUUAGGAAGCCCCGUCGCCGAAUGGAAGAGGCUGCCCUCCGUCCCAAGAGAAGCCCGAGAUUCUGCUUUCCGAACCCGUGUAAGCACCAGGGAGUCUGCCGGGUAGUUGAGGAGAAGCCAAACUGCACCUGCAAGGCUGGUUUCACUGGGACAUUCUGUCAAGAUGUGGUGCUGAAACUGCAGUGUGAGGAAGAUCACAUGAAGAUGAUGGUGAGAAAGGAAGUGUUCGAAGUGUUGAAAAUCCCCUUGGCGCGGGUCCACUUGAAGAAUGGUGCUUGCAAGGUCUCCGAAAAGGAGGAAGAUGGAGCAAUCUUCUUUGCAGCCAGUCUCACUGGCGAGAACCAUACCCUGUGUGGGUCAGUGAUUCAGCAAAACAGGUCACACGUGUCUUACGCCAACGUGAUGGAGUCAGACAUGGAGGCUACGGGCGUGAUCUCCAGAAGCAGCCUUGUGCGAGUGCACUUCUCCUGCAUCUACUCCUACGAGCGGGUGGUCCAGCUGCCCUUCUCCCUUACUGCCAUCGACACGCUGGUGAAGUUUGUGGUCAAAGAGGGGGAGUUCAACGUGACCAUGGCCUUGUACGAGACCUCCGCUUACCUGCAGCCCUACCGGCAGCAGCCCCCGGCCCUCCCCCUGUCGGAGUUCCUGUACAUCCUGCUGCAGCUGGAAGGGCAGAGCCAGGUGCGGUACUUCCUGCUGAGCCUCGAGGACUGUUGGGCCACCCCGUCGGCAGACCCCAGCCAUGACGUGCAGCACCAGCUCAUCGUGAAGGGGUGUCCCCGUGAUGAGACCGUGAUGUACAUCAAUGAUAUCGGAAACAGCACCAUGGCAAAGUUCAGCUUCCAGAUGUUCCAAUUCGUCAACUACUCGGAGGUGUUCCUGCACUGCCGAGUCCGCCUGUGCCUCCCCGAUGGCCCCGAGCCCUGUGCAAAGCAAUGUCCCAGGAAGUCGAAAAGCAAGAGGGCACUUGAGGAGGACUACAAGAAGAUUGUCUCUUAUGGACCCAUCCAUCUCCUCGCCUCUCCCCUUUCUGGAGCACGGAGUGCUGAGUCGGGGACAAAACUGCAGGACCUUUGGGCGACUAGAAGUCUCAAGAUGUAGAAUGUGUAUAGAGCCUAGUCUGCCAUGGCACAGAGUCACUUGGAAGACCAGGGAAUGGCUUGGAGGAGAGGGGCUGAUGGCAGGAAGCCUGUAGAAUCCAGCGAUUAAGGGCCAGGCUUUUCGAGAGCUUGGUGCUCCACAUGCUGAGUGCUUUUGCAAAUUGGUGGGUGCUGGGCUCUCUGGAGAAUCUGACCCUAAAUGUUAUGAGUGAGGGACCGGUUUAAGAUCAGGGCUUCAGAUUUUUGGUGUUAACUGACAAAUGCCAAUAAAACAUCCAGAUCCAAAAAA